GCUGGCUGGCGAUCUGCAAAUGGCGUCUGGCGGUGCUCUGGCUGUUCCCGUCUCCCCAGCGUCCUCACUGCUUCUUCCUGAGACCCCCCCGGGCCUGAAGCGCGGCGGCAGGGUGAUGCCCCGGAGGAGUGAGCUGGCGGUGGCCUGCCCCUUGGUGUCCGUGGUGUUCCCGGGCGCGGUGACCCGGGAGUGCCGCUGCCUCUUCGCUUGCGAGCUCCUUAAGCACGUCAUGCACCAGCGGCACCAGCUCCCGCUGCCCUACGAGCAGCUCGCCUACUUCUGCCGGCGGGCGGCUAAGGAUGGAGAUGGGAUUAAGAAGCCACUCCCCAUGGACCCGGCAAGCAGGAAGUGCCAGCAGGUGCUGAUGGAGCUGGAGAGAGUGCUCCAGCACUUGGAAGUAAUGUUUAGUCUGACAGUGGUUCCUCGGGUUCUUAUUCUACUUGGAGGCAAUGUCAUGAGGCCCAAGGAGUUCUAUGAGCUCAACUUGGAGGGCAUCCUUGAAGGCAGUGCUGAAGAGAGCCUGAAAACUGCAUCCUGUGUUCGCAAGCUGUUCCAUUCGCUGUUUGUUGCAGAUGUCUUCAGUGAACUUAAGGCUCUCCCUGCCAUGGGCACUGUUGUUAUGCUCCAGGGACACCGCGAUUGUGGUGUUGAUUGGUUCCGGCCCAAGCUCAACUAUAAAGUGCCAACUCGAGGGAGGAAGCUAACUGUGAAUUUGUCCUGUGAUGGAGACAUCAACAUAAGUGCCUUGCCUGCUCAGCAUGUGACUUCCGACUGGGAGGACUACAUCUGGUUUCAAGCACCAGUGACACUCAAAGGCUUUCAUGAAUGAUGUGUGCUCUGUAGAAUGUUUAUAGAAUAUUCAAUAACCUUUGGUGCUGCUUUAAGUCAUGAUAACUUUAUAAAAUAUAA